AUCUCCAGCUGUAUAUAUUGGUGUAAAUAUCAUUGAACCUCAUCCAUAUUGUACCUAUUCUGUACAUACUACACCCUUCUUGUUGCCCUAAAGAUCAUGGCAUUCGCACGCAGAUUAGCUAUUAUCCCCGGAGGCCUAGGUGGUCUCGGCUCAAGCAUAGGAAAGAAACUCAGACAACAAGGCGCCCGUCUCGCAAUUCUAUAUGCCCCAUUCGAGGCCGAUCGUCGAGACGAGCUUCUCGAGGCUGGAUACGCGGGGGUUCCAAACACAGCAGACGAUAUCCGGGCAUAUGCAUGCGACAUCACAUCUCCGGAAUCCGUGCAGUCGGCGUUCGACACAUUGGAGAAAGAGAUGGUCGCGCCUUCGACAUCUUCUCCAAGCGAAAGGGCAUUCCCAAGUAUCCUGGUUAACACCGCGGGAUACGUUUCUCUGAAUGACAUGGAGACCACACCCCCCGAAGAAACCAUGAAACAUCUCACCACCAACGUGAUGGGCCCAAUGCUAUGCUCUCAAGCAUUCGCAAGACUCUACUUCUCCGCAUCAAAAGUCGCAGAAUCGUCAACAAGUCCUCCCCCACCAGGCAGAAUCGUCAACAUCGCAUCCCAGGCAGCGCACGUAGCGCUACCUAAGCAGAGCGCGUACUGUGCUUCGAAAGCUGCACUUCUGGGUUUAACCCGCUCUAUGGCAUCUGAGUGGGGAGGUCGUGGUAUUACCUCGAACACGGUAUCGCCUACCGUGGCGUGGACGGCGCUGGCGCAGAAGGCUUGGGGAGAGCCUUCUGUGAAAGAGGCUAUUUUGCAGGCUAUUCCGACGGGCAAGUUUGCGAUGCCGGAGGAGGUUACGGAUUCUGUGCUUUUCUUGUGUCAGGAUUUGAGCGCUAUGAUCAAUGGUGCGGAUAUUAAGAUUGAUGGCGGUUAUACCAUUCGGUGAUUUCUUAGUAGGGUUGUGAAUGUACAAUGUUGAAUAGCCAGGGCUGCAAUAUCAUCCUUUCUAACGUAGUUGGCUCCAUUGCC